AGAGAGAGAGAGAGAGCGAGAGAGAGGAAGGGAAAGGAGAAAGACUUUCUGAUCUAUCACUUUGACUUCUCCUCCGUGUCACUAACCAGGACCACGCCACAGAGAAACCGAAAGACGCCACAAAAUGCCACGAGAGAUCCGGAGUCGAUCAGCUGUGGGCCGGUUCCCCGCCGUCACCCUGGACCUGGCUGAAGAUGUGGAGCCAGAUGAGGAGGAGCUGAUCGGGAAGCAGGAGGAUGAGUGUAGCUGCCGAGCCUGGCUCCGCAAGCUGUGCUGCUACUGCUACCGAAAGGACAAGCCCAUCACGGGGACCAGUGGCACAAGGUCAGGCGGCACAGGGUCUAGCAGCACAGGGACCGGCGGCACAGGGACCAGCAGCACAGGAACUGGUGGCACGGGGACCAGCGGCAAGGGGACCGGUGGCACGGGGUCCGGCGGCACGGGGACUGGCGGCACGGGGUCCGGCGGCAUGGGGAACGUUGUCACUGAUAUGAAGGACAAGUUGGGGCAGCCUGAGGCAGGGAGCACAGACACGGUGCAUGAACAAACUUUGACUGUGAAGGCAGUGGACCUGAUGAAAAGCAGGACCGGCCAGAACCGGAAGGAUCACUACACCAACUGUUACCAUGGCAACAAUCUCAUCAUCCGGCGUGGGCAGAUCUUCCAAAUGUGGAUCAAGCUCACGCGCUCUUUCAACGCCAGUGCAGACCAGCUUCAUCUGGAGCUAAAAUUAGGAUCCCUGCCGCAGGUGUCCAAAAAUACACACGUCAUCAUUCCCUUGGUGAAAGAGCUACAGGGCAACCAGUGGGAGGCCAAAAUCGUGGAACAGAAAGGCCAGAAGAUCAGGUUGUCUGUCAACUCACCGCCUACUGCUCUGAUUGGCCAAUACCAACUCACUGUGGUGACACAGAGUUCAGAGGGCAUGGCACAUUCAACAUACGACCCCAGCAAUGACAUCUAUAUGCUUUUCAACCCCUGGUGUGAAGGUGACACAGUUUACAUGGAAGAUGAAAAUGAGAAGAAGGAAUAUGUCCUGCACGAUGUCGGCAGACUAUACUUUGGCACCGAGUCCCAGAUAAACUCUCGAACAUGGAACUUUGGCCAGUUCGAUGAGGGAAUUCUACAAGCCUGUCUGUUUCUGCUGGACAAGAGUAAGAUGCCCAUUUCUGGUCGUGGAGAUGCUGUCAACGUGGUACGAGUUGUAUCUGCUUUGGUCAACUCGAUUGAUGAUGACGGUGUCGUGGAAGGGAACUGGUCUGGCAGCUAUGAGGGCGGGACUUCCCCUACAGCCUGGACCGGGAGUGUGGAAAUCCUGAAGAAGUAUUACGCCGAGAAUGGGAAGCCGGUCAAAUUCGGCCAGUGCUGGGUCUUCUCCGGAGUCACCACGACAGUGCUAAGGUGUCUGGGCAUCCCCGCCCGCAGCGUGACCAACUUCAACUCCGCCCACGACACAGACGUCUCUUUGACGAUAGACGUCUAUUUAGAUGAAAACCUGAAGCCCAUCGAGGAACUCAACACCGACUCAGUGUGGAACUUUCACGUGUGGAAUGAUUGCUGGAUGGCACGGCCCGACCUGCCCCAGGGGAUGGGGGGCUGGCAAGCUGUGGAUGCCACCCCUCAGGAGACCAGCCAGGGUACCUACUGUUGUGGUCCUGCUGCCAUCACUGCCGUCCGCUUGGGUGAGGUCUACAUCAAGUACGACACACCCUUUGUCUUUGCCGAGGUCAACAGUGACAAGGUCUACUGGCAGAGGAGCGCCGACGGCACCUUCAAGCUGGUCCACAUUGAGGAGAAUGUGAUUGGAAGCUGCAUCCUCACGAAGGCCGUGGGCUCUGAAGAGUCCAACGAUAUCACGCUCCUCUACAAAUUCCCACGAGGCUCGGACGAUCAGCGCAUCGCCGUCGAGACUGCCUCCCACUACGGUUCCAAGCCACAGGUGUAUUCCGCCCCCCUCGCCAAAGACGUGACCCUGGAGGUCACGGUGAAUGGAGAAGGCCCACAUAUGGGCUCCGAUGCCCAGCUGACCAUCGUGCUGGGCAACAAGAGUGCGGAACCGAGAAGUACCACCCUCCACAUCCAGGCAAUGGUCAUGUACUACACCGGGGUGGUUAAGGGUACAGUGAAGGAGGACAAAAUUCCUGUACAGCUGAAGGCCAAUGAAGAGAAAAGCCUGAAUUGGGUACUGAAGUACCAGGACUACCAGGGCCAGCUAGUGGACCACGCCGCGUUGAUGCUGAUGCUCUCAGGCCGGGUUGUUGAGACCAAACAAAUUUUGGCAACACAGUACAACUUCAGGCUCCAGACACCGGACCUCAGCAUAAUACCUGUAGGUGAUGCUGUGGUGGGCAAAGAGAUGGCCGCUAAGAUCGUCUUCACCAACCCGCUACAACAGGCACUGAAGAACGUGACAGUACACGUGGAGGGCCUGGGACUCAUGAGUAUGCGGCAAAGAGCUAUAGGUGACAUAGGCAGCCAUGCCACACUCACCCUGACGGAGCGCUUCGUGCCCAGAGAGCACGGACCCAAGAAACUGCUGGCUUCUCUUGACUGCAAACAGCUCACUCAGGCCCAGGGGGAGGCAGAUAUCGACGUGAAGGAGCCCACUGCUAGCACGGCACAGUAAAACGGCACUGACUCUUCCUGUCAUUAUAACGUUACUUCUGUUUAUAGGAUACAGUAACACUGUACAUAGCAUUAUUGAGGCAGACAGAUUCAGAGGCAGUGAUUUCAGUGGUUCAGACUGUAAUAUUAGCUACUGCACACCAGCUGUGUGUAUACAACCAUGAGAUACCGGACAGCUACCGGAUACCUGAGUCACUGGAAAGCCUUUGGCAGACAACUGGCAGCGAAAAUAGUUAUAUCAAAUAACUAUUGCUGUAUAUAUUUGGCAGUUAAUUGACCAGUUGUAUAACUAACUGUAUUUCUCUGUUGGUAUGCAAGACAAUGUUAGUAUGCAAAAUCAAGUUGGGUAUGAGUUUUGGAUAUCUAGUUUGGGUUGGUUGUUUUUAUGCUUAGUCACCGAUGGAGACUGUAAUGAUUGUUUUUUGUUAUGUAUGUAUUUGCUUGUAAACCACUCUCUCUAGGACAGUGCACUGCAUAAAUGUUUAGUCUUUAAAUAUUUAUAUUGCAUUUUUUAGGUAACUUUAGUCAAAACUCAAAUGCAACCUCACUUUUUAGCUAUUUGACUGAGUCAAUUAUUUGGACAGGGUCCUGCCGAACCUGGAGCUCCUCAUGUCCAUUGAUAGAUAUGAAAAAUACCCAAAGUGUUUCCCCAUGUCUGGUCAUGCCUAGCAAGGGUGUAGAUCUGGGUAGGGUUGGUAGGGACAUGUCAACAACUUGCUGGCAAAACUUGACUGAUGAUGAUGACUUGGGUGUACAUGGAAUGAAACAUGACCUAAGGACAUGAUCACAGACCCACCUGUUGGUAUGUGAUGCAUUUAUGAGCUGUGUGUCUCUUUCAGAGAAGGUUUACAUGCCACACCAGGUCUAGCUGGUUAGAUAUUUCAUAUAUCCAAACCAACAUACACGUUUCACAAUUUGUUUUAUGAAUUUACAUAUGCUAUUUCAGGUCAAUAGCUUUGGCUCAGUAAUACCAUGUGACCCCUGUCUACAGGCUCCGCUAUCUUCUAGCGUGAGACAUGAUAGCAGAGAAAGCCCUUAAUGCACAGCAGACUUUCCGGACCAUGAUUCCUGAAAGCAGCCAACUAUGUUUGUGUAAUAGAAGGGAGUUUCUGGUCAGUAACAACAGUGGAGGAAUUCCGUUUGAUUUACACGUGUAGUUUUAUUUAAUUAAGUAAUAGUGUAGCGCCAGGUUAUGCCUAACAUGCCUCGCGAGCGCAUAUAUACUGUAUAUCCCUGCGUAUGUCAUUAUGAAUUGCCAUUGUAUUGUUGUUGUUGUUGUAGUUACUACAAUGUAGUAGUUAUGGUUAAGACUUGUUUCCGGAUUGUGGCGUGUAUGUUUACCCGUGUCUUGUGAGCACCCUGUCUGACCUUCGCGUGUAUUUAGCUUGUGUUAAUUAAUCUCCCACCAUGUUUGUACCUUGCAGUUUGCAGUCUGACCAUGUUGUGUUUCCACUGUUGUAUUUGGGUUCGGUGCUCAUUGGGUGCCAGUUGUAGUCCUGUAAUAAAGAGUGUUCUUC